GGACGCCAGCCCGCUCCCCCCUCCCACCCCUAAUCCCCCCCCCCGGGCUGGGACCGGGGCAGGGGACAGGGGACAGGGGACAGGGGAUAGGGAAUAGGGAAUAGGGAAUAGGGAAUAGGGGCAGGCUGUGCACAGCAGAGGGACGGCCCCACAGCCAGGGUAGGGAAGGGAAUCAUCAUAGAGAGAAGCCUUCAGCUUCGUGAGCAUCCCUUGCGGCAGCCCAGGUGCUGCAGGCGUUUUUUUUUAUAUCUAUAAUUUCAUUUUUUAUUAUUUUUUUAAUUAUUAUUUUUUUAAUGCACCGCAGGUGCUGUACAGGUCCUUGGGGUUUUUAAGAAGACGUCUGAGGGUGGUUUUUAUAGGUUCCCCUUUGGAGCAGGGGCUGGGCUCGCUGCCAUCCCCCCCUUCCAUUGCACCGCAAGCCCUGGCUCCGUUUCUCUAAUUAAUAUCCUCCUUAAAAAAAAAAAAAAAAACUGAUUUGGGGAGCAUCAGCCCGCGUUAACGCUUUGAGGGAAGCUGCCGGGAGCGGCGGCCGGCGCGGCGCGAUGUGGACUUUCCUGGGCAUCGCCUCCUUCAUCUACGUGUACAAGAAGUGCGGGGACCUGCUGAGCUACGCCAACAAGGAGCUGCUGCUCUCCGCCUUCGUCUUCUUCUCCCUGGGCUUGCUGCUGUCCUACAGGUACCACUUCAGGGGGCCCAGGCAGCAGCGGCGGAAGAGCCCCCCGGGGAUGCUCUCCGAUGUCCUCUCGGCGCUGCCGCUCGUUGGCUUCUUCUGGGCCAAACCCAGCGCUGGGGCUCGGCGGGUCGAGGCACCCAAAUCCCGAAAGGGUAAAAUAGAAGUAAACUUCUCAGACAUUCAUCUGACAGAGACUGCUACAAAUACAGCCUUAUCACCGCAGUACGAUCCAGAAAUUAUCAUUGUGGGUUCGGGUGUCCUUGGUUCUUCCUUGGCCACAGUGCUCUCAAGGGAUGGAAGAAAAGUGACUGUAAUUGAGAGAGAUCUGAAAGAACCUGACAGGAUAGUUGGAGAAUUGUUGCAACCUGGAGGCUUUAAUGCGCUUAGAGACUUGGGUCUUGAAGAUACAGUAGAAGGUAUUGAUGCACAAACAGUAAAUGGCUACAUAAUUCAUGACAUAGAGACCAAGUCGGAGGUUGAAAUUCCUUAUCCAACAUCUGAAGAUGGCCGUGUAGUGAGCGGAAGGUCUUUCCAUCAUGGCAAGUUCAUCAUGGGUCUCCGAAAGACAGCUAUGGCAGAGCCCAAUGCAAAAUUCAUUGAAGGGACUGUGUUACAACUGCUUGAAGAAGAUGACUGUGUUGUGGGUGUUCAGUACAAGGACAAAGAAACUGGAGAUACUAAGGAACUUCAUGCACCUCUUACUGUUGUAGCGGAUGGACUUUUCUCCAAAUUUAGAAAAAACUUGGUCUCCAACAACGUUACUGUUUCAUCCCAUUUUGUUGGUUGCAUUUUGAAGGACGCAUCACAGUUUAAAGCUAAUUAUGCUGAACUUGUUUUAGCUAAAACUAGUCCAGUAUUAAUCUAUCAGAUUUCUUCAACUGAGACUCGAGUCCUUGUUGAUAUUCGAGGGAAAAUGCCAAAAAACUUAAAAGAAUAUAUGAUUGAGAACAUUCAUCCACAACUACCUGAUCACCUGAAGGAACCAUUUCUAGCAGCAGUUCAGAAUGAUCGUUUAAGGACUAUGCCAGCAAGCUUCUUGCCUCCUUCAGCUGUUAACAAAAAAGGAGUUCUUCUUUUGGGAGAUGCAUAUAAUAUAAGACACCCUCUGACUGGUGGAGGAAUGAGUGUUGUUUUAAACGAUGUCAAAAUAUGGAGAAGCUUGCUCCAGGAUAUUCCAGACCUUUAUGAAGAUUCUGAUGUUCUUAAGGCAAAAAAAUCAUUUUACUGGUCAAGAAAAAAGUCUCAUUCUUUUGUAGUGAAUGUUCUUGCCCAAGCACUUUAUGAACUUUUUGCUGCCACAGAUGAUUCCUUACAUCAGCUGAAGAAAGCCUGUUUCCAUUACUUCAGACUUGGUGGAGAAUGUGUCUCGGGACCUGUUGGAUUGCUGUCUGUGUUAUCUCCUAAGCCAAUGGUACUGAUUGGCCACUUCUUUGCUGUGGCGCUAUAUGCUGUUUAUUUCUGCUUUAAGUCAGAGUCCUGGAUUACCACGCCUCGAGCAUUUUUCAGUAGUGGAGCUGUACUUUACAGGAGUUGCGCUAUAAUAUUUCCACUUAUUUACUCUGAAAUGAAAUCCCUAAUCUAUUAAGGGGAAAUGACUGGAAGAAGAAAACAUGAAGAUCACGAUGCCUUUAAAAUCUUUGGACAUGUACUAUUUAAUAUUAUAUUAUGUUUUCUUCAAAAUGCAAUUUCCUUGAUCAGGAUUUGACUUAAUUUUGGUUUUGUGGUUAUAUACAUAUAUAUUAUAUGUAAAUAUUCUUUCCUUUGCAAUUAAAAUUCAAAGAGGAGUUAGCUGUUUACAAGAACUAUAAUUAAGUGUUGACAUAUGAUAGACAAUUGCCAGUUUUGUCAGAAUUUCACCCCUCGCUUUAUCCAUUGCAGACUGCACCACUAAUAUUAAUAAACUGAAAAGUGAACACUGUAAACCAUA